AGAAUUCUUUCUACAGCAUUUUUUAUUUGCAUCGUUUACAAGAAAUCAAAAUAUGAUCCCCUUUCGGGUCGCAUCUCGCGAGAAAGCUAUUUCGCCAUUUGAUAAUCAAGUGCGAACACUGAAACGAUCGUCACGCAAGUACCGUAAAUUCGUACAUUAGACCAUGGUUUUGCUAGAUGUUUUGGCCAAUACUACCGUCUCAUUGGCUAUGUCAACAAACGCCAAGAUAAGGCUUUACCGUUCGGUGUGGUGAGAUCUCAGCAGGCCAACAAGCAGGACGGAACAUGUUUGUUGGUGGGGAGGUGCUUUGGUUACACUUUGCCGUUGGCUCCUAUGUUCAUUUUGUUGUUUUGAGUAAGCAAAAGUUUGAAACUCGACCGUCGACUCGUUAUCGGAACGUGCCGUACCCGCGGUACCACCAAUACGCUCCAACUGACCUACAAAAACCGGCGAAAUGUGCUGAUAAGCACAAUUCGUUUGCUUUCCACGCUUUGCGUUCUUGUAUGGUUUUUUUUUCUCCUUGCUUGUAGCGAAUGCACAGAACAACUUCCCUUCCGUGGCCCACCAGUAUACGUAGGUGGCCAGUGUGGAUGUGUUACAAUCCCCACCCCACGCAUUACUACGAUUUCAUGCUGCAAGUGACCGAGAGCGAACAAUUUCGUUCGUGUUGAUCCUCCCACUUCUCCAUCAGCGAGGAGGUAUGCACAGCGCGCGCAAUACAAUAUGAGCGGCCGAUUGAAAAUCGGGGCCAAAUACGGUGGACCAACCACCAAACCAGCUGCUCUGGACGGUAGCAGUUGAAUGGAUGCAAUAUAUGCUUGCUCUUGGGUUGUAACACCCCAUCCCCAUCGAGAGGCUUUCGUGUCGGUUGCGCCACACUCCGGAGGCGGAGGGAUCGAUGAGUUAUGGUACCCCACAGAUGGUACAACAUGCGAGUGCAGGCAGCACUAGUACUGCGCCUGUACCCCUGGCCAUUUACGGGGAACAGGCCGUUUGCUCACUGAACAAACAAUCACCUUUCGCUUUUGUCGUUGGCGAUAUCGAUCACUUCUCGGGGUUUCAGACCGGGGAAAAAAAUCUCUUAGUACGUGGGAAGAAACGGGAGAGAGGAACGGGUGCUUGUGGCACGAUCAUUUACGUAAUCUGCCUAAUUAUCACCUCAUUAUCUAGCGAGCGAGCACGGCCCGCUUUAUGUGCGAUUGCGAUUGAUUUAUGUCGCGCCGCUGCUGACCACUCUAACGACAUGCAGUUAAUUGAUGCUCUCCACCAGCAAAAGGGUGUGUAUAUGCGUCUGUUCCGUGUACGCAAGGAUGAGCCGUAGGGGAAGGCGUUUCCUUUUCCCGAUUGGCAUCCAUCAUCCGCCCGGGAAGUCGGUGCAGGAGAAUGGCGCAAUGGUGAACUAAAAUUACUACGUAAACGGCCGCCGUGCAUUUGACGUGCAAGCCGCUCGAGCUGAUCAUGCUCGAUGAAUACUAAUUAAUUGACGCGCGAUUCACGAGCACCGUUUUAUGAUGGUCUCUCGAUGCAAUGAAUACGCCCCAAAGGUACGCGUCAAUGAAAGUGUGUUUCUUGUUGCGAUUUGCGUCAUAAAAUCAUCCGCGUGAACGGGUGUCGAUUUGAGCGUUAUCGGAGUGUCGUCGUGCAUCCGUGCUAUGCCAUGUUCCUGGCCAUUUCACCGGCAAGGAACGGUUGCGCUACUAUCGCAUCUUGUCAUCGCCAUCGCGAGGAAUGUCUCAUGCCGUCACGGUUUCAUCAUCUUCGCUACGCAUCAGAAGGUGCGUGCAAGAGCGCAUGUAAAGGGCGUGUUGAUUCAAUCUCUGUCUCACCAGCAGGCGUCAACAACAAUCAACCAAAAGGGAUUCCAGGCCCUGUAACUUUGAACAAACACUUCGCCAUAUGAAGGCGUAAUGGCCCAGGGAUGACCGAGCAGCCGCCAUGCACUGGCAACGUGACAGCAAUGAGCGAGAUGUGCACCGCAACCGGGCCAGACAUGUGUUACCACUUGGACACUACUGGACAUUACACUACUGCUUACAUUUUGCGAUAAUUCCGAGAUGAUGACCCACCGUGAGGGCGUUAGAUUUCCUUGAACUUGCUUGCCUGCCUGCCUGCCUGCCUGUCUGACCGGUAUUGGUCGGUACCGGUUUAAAACCUGGUGGUAGAACGCGAAGCGCACGCUAAGUAGCUGUGGCUACACUUUCCUGCGCUGCAAAGCCUCAGUGAUCGCAACGAGAAAUCUCUGUUGUGCGUUCGCGUGUCGCGAUAAGUUUGUGCUCCUUCGACGUGAUCGAAGGAACCGAAUGGCCGAGUAUGGCGUGUGAAUAUGCCGAAUCAUGGAUCGAGCUAUCGUCGAACACUACGAGCCAGAGUACGAUCGGUGGGCUGGGAUCGGUGGGAUCAGUCGUGUACUCGGGCAACAGCAGCAACGCUGCUAUCCCCAGCGCUACCGCCACCACCAGCACUACCACUGUCGUCCCGAGCAGUAGCAGCGGCAGCCAGCUGCUGGUAAGCCUUACCCCGCCCGAACUGAAUGUCAGAAGCCCGGAACGGACAACGCCACUACCGUUCGCAUCGGUCGAAGAGUACAUAAGACUGCUACGGGAGGCUCAGCGCGAAUCGAAGGAAUCCAGCCGCGUGGCGUCGUUGACGAGCUCGCGUAAAAACUCUCCGCGCGGUAGCCCCAAAUCGCCACCGAACAGCCCAAACACCGAACUAGCGGCCACCGAGGAAGAUCUCAAAAAUGUCUACAUCAACUAUCUCAACAAGGAUGGUGAUAUAGUUAAGGAUACAGACUGGGUAUGGGACUGGAGUAGUCGGCCCGAUCAGCAACCACCAAAAGAGUGGAAAUUUGAACAUCCCAAAAAGACCGACCAAGAGGAGUGCACCAAAACCAGUCACGCUGGGUACUCGAUAAGGCAGGUUCGCGUAGGAAAAAACUCGCUGUUUUCGCGGGAGUUUCUCUACUCGAUCGUACUGACGAAUGUAUUAUCACUCUUGCUAGGAGCAGGAAUCGGAGCCUGGCUACAGAAAAGAGGACUGCUGCUGACUCGCAUCUCGAUUGAAUAGAGGAGAUGCUUGCGCAGUCGUCCGUCGUGUCGAAUCUACUGUCCACUUCAUCAAAUCAGAAACCACAACACACGGCGUAUGUCUUGUAUCGAUUUUGACUUUCGGCAUCGCCACCGCCACUCUAAAAUCGCUUUUAGAGAUUCUGACGGCUGCGAUUGGCUGGCCAUCGGCGGCCCGGUUGCGCCUAGAAAUACGCAGAAGUAGUAGGGCAUUUAUCUUCUUACAUACGAGAAAAAAAGUAACAAUACAAUAAACAAUUUUGAGUUUGUUUUUUAGCCAAGAGUGCAGAUGAAAGAUAAUAGGAUCUAUGAUCGUAGGUAAACGUCCGAGCAGGGCAUCGGGCGGGUAGUGGAGAAAUGAGGAAAGACUGUGCAAACAGUAGCUGAAGUGAGAGAAAAUGUGUGAUCGAACCAAAAUAGUGACAAGAACUUAUCAAAGAAAGUUACGAAAACUUAUUGCAAGAUUGUUCACAAUCACGAGCCCUUCAGAGGGGUUUGGUAGAAUGGUAACCGGGGGGUCCGCAGUAAACACAGAUCACAAGCACAGAGCACAUUCGAAAUGCGGUUUCGUGAUCUGUUGUUCCCCGGCCCUUUUGGAACAAUCUUGAGCCAAUGCUAGUGAUGAAGUGCGUCAAAAGGAGAAGGGAAUCAUUCUGAAAUGGACUGGGCAUCAAUUUUCGCAAAACACAUUAGAGGGAACAGUGAAAAGAUUUCGUGUGAUUUCUUUCCUAUCGAACGGGAUGGGAAGUUUGUAACCGAUCAGGGAGAGAACAUUAGUAGAGAGCGAGAAACUGAGCAGAUUUAUUCCAUUUUUCUAUAAACAAAAAAAACACAACACGUAUCCGUUUUAAAACUAUGUACGUAAGGGGUGAGAUUAAGGAAAAUUUACAAGAAAAUGAAAAGAAACGAGCAGAAUGAGAGAAGGCUAGGUCGAGGAAUGCUUCACGAUGAGAUGAGAUUAUUAGUGCGAGAGCAAAUGUGUUUGGUGUAGUGUUAAUUGUUAUUUCUGUUCUGUGCGCUUAGUAAUUUUGUUAACUUACUAGCUUUUUUUCACUACUCUCACCCGCCGCUGUAUUUUCGUGCCGCGCGGUUUUCCGUUUCCGGAGCAUAAAUUUUUCCAUAAAAUCGGUCCCAUAAAUUAUGGCAAACUAAGUCUGCUCGAUUUUCUCGAUUCUGCUCGAGCGGUACGCGUGGCCUCGUGGUUUGAUCCGCUUUUAAGCCUUUGUUUUUGGAAAAGGGCUGCUGAAAUGAAAAUUUCUGGGAAAAAUAUCAUGAAAUUUCCAUGGUAUUGCGUUUCGCUUCCAAAAGCAUCAUGUAUCCAGUGCAACUCGCACCGCAUGGGGUUUCACAAACCCAACAAACUAUUCCCUUAUUUGUCGCGCUUUGCUUCUCGUUUAUUUUUUAAUGCACCGUUUUAAAUAUUUAAUUUCUAUUUAAUUUAAUUCCUUGAAUUUAACAUUUUUACUUCUAACCUGCGUACACUGCUGCACUUUGAAUCCGUGAAUGUGUGGCGAUUGUCUUUUGUCACAGAAAGCAUUAUCCAACAGUAAAGAGGAGGAGUUGUUUGUGUCUCUCGUUCGUGAAAAAUCGGAAAGCCAUUUUGUAGUAAUCGUGUCGACAUUUUGUGUCGUAAAGAAGAGAAGGAAGGGAAAUGUGUGAAGCAAAUGAGUAAGAAAAGUGUUAGGCUACAUUAAUUGGUAUCUUCAAUUCCAAGACCAUUACUUUGUAUUAUUCCUUAAGCAUUAUAUACACAUCUACCGAAAUAAAAGUAAAUGAAAAUAGAGUACUUUGCAA